GUAAAAUCAAUCACAAAUUCAAAAUAAAGAAUGUUACAUUGUUGUGAUCUGUAUAUUAAACACAUGAUUCAUCGAUCUGUCUGCAUGUUUAUUAUUCAGCUAUACAUAAAUCCAUUGGACAGGUUUUCGUGCUUCCUCUCGCGGUUCAAGAACGUACUCUAGCAGACGAUGUUAUCGACAACAAUUCUCGCAUGAGUGGGAUGCAAGAUGCAACCUGAAUUCUGAAUUGUUCAGUUGAUACAUAGUCAGUGCUAAUGAUCGGUCAGCUGCGAAAUAAUGGCGGACGAGAAGUUAUUUUUCUCGAACGCCGUACAACAAUUGGCGAGAUGUUUAGCCGCUAUCAAACCUACACCAUGGGAAAAGGUAGCUAAAUUGUACAAGUUAUGUCCGCAAGAUUCUGCUCAGGGUGUAUUCCGCUUGGAUCAGAGGGGUCAGGAUGCGACCAUAGCCUUGGGAAUUUAUUUUUUGGAAUCUGGAUUACAACAUCGGGAUCGAAUAUUACCGUAUCUGCUCAGACUGUUACGUGGUCUUCCAAAAGCGGUGUGGCGGGAUGAGGUGAAAUGUUCGCUCGCCGAAAGAGUUCCGGUGGCGGAACGCUUCAGCUUCUGCCUGAACACAUUAUUGAGCGAUGUGGCGGCCAGAUGCGAACCAGUACGAGAAGAAAUCAUUUCGACGCAGGUUGAGAUCCUCGCGGUUAUGACCAAUCUGAUACGUGGAUAUAAAGAUCAAAAUAGUAAUCGGGGCUUGCAAGCAAAGAUAUCAUUAUGCAAAUGUCUGGUACCAGUACUGAUUGGUCUGGCACGAUCGAUGGGCCGUUUUGCGUGCACGGAUCCGCCGUUGCUUUGCCGCAUCUUUCCGCGCCGGGAGACACCCUCGUCAGCAAGCAGCACCGAGAACCGCUUGAUUCCCGAUAAAAAACAGUACAACUUCUCAAACUUUAGACCGAUUAUCCCGCGAUCUCUGAGCGGUAACUUUAAUUCGUGUAUUGACAACAUAGCGCUACCUGGCUAUGACAGUCAUGAUUAUCAAUGCGGCAAGAGACCAUCGUUACAGUCCUUCCUGUCGGUGCCGUACGACCCAACAACGUAUUUCUUCAGUCGUUAUGGAUCGAGCUUCAAUCAAUUCCCGCAGAUGCGAUGCAACGAGAGUCCCGAGAGAAGAGCCGGGAUGCAGUUCACCGUGGUUCACUUGCAGAGUGUGUUAGCCCUAGCUAAAAAAUUACUUACAAAGGAGAUCCUGACGUUUUUAGAUGAAGAGGCGCAACAAGUUUACAGUUCUGGCCAAGUACACAUUUUCCCAUAUCGUACGUUCAGCGAGACGAUGAAUCUAGUGAUGGUGGCUCUGUUGCGCGAACUCCUGCAGAAUCAGCACGAUCUACCGGCACCGUUCACGAGGGACGUGCAGGAAUUCGUCAAAGGUUUGUUCCUCUCGGGCCAAACGGAGCUGCAAUCGCGACAGCACGACGCGAGCGAACGCGAAGACAUUGAUACGAAUUUCCGUACCGUCAAUCGCUUCAAGGUGAAUGUGAUGGCCAACUCCGCGUGCGUGGAUUUGCUGGUCUGGGCGAUUGGCGACGAGACAGGCGCGGAUAGUUUGUGCGGACGACUCGUGGAAAAGAUUAAUUCCAAUCAUGGACCGAAGCUUGUGCUGGCACAUAUGCCAUUAUUGAUGGUUUGUCUUGAGGGAUUAGGAAAAUUAGCGCAAAAAUUUCCCAACAUAGCCAGCACGUCGAUAUAUUAUUUACGAGACUUUCUCGUUGCACCAUCGCCGAUUCUUCUGAAGUUAUAUCGACAACAUAGCGAAUACUCCAUGAAAGAACAUCAAUUUAAAGUGCUAGUUCAAGGGAAGGAAAUAAGCGACACAAAGCAGACGCCGUCAUCAGUGCAUACGGCAUUUGAGAAACUUCGCGAUGCAGCAAUCGGCAAUCUCUGCAUUGCCUUGGAAGCUGCGCACUCCGUGAAUCCGGAUUGCGUGCCGGCGCUUGUGGCCAGCGUCUCGAAUAGAUUGUACACUGCGGAUAUAAGCGACGGUGAAAAUGACGAGAAAUUGAAGAACGAAGUAGUCUCGAAGAACAUUGUGAUUAUGUUGGGCCAUGUGGCUGUGGCGCUAAAAGAUACCCCGAAGACAAUGCGCACCAUCUUUCCGUUUUUCCAACAACUCUUCUGCCGCACUCCCAGUGAUCUCGAUUUUCUCAUAGUGGAUCAAUUGGGUUGCAUGAUCAUUGCCAAGUGCGAACCAAAGAUUUAUGAGGGGAUAAUGCAAAUGUUCUCCAUGUCAUUGGGAUCGAGUACGGCGACAUAUGCUGCGAACGAUGAUCGUAAGCAGUAUUGUCACGUUUCCAAGGCGGUUACGAACGCGCUGGCGAAUAUAGCGGCGAAUCUACAAGGCGAGUCGGAAUUGGACGAUUUGCUGUUGCAUCUUCUUGAGCUUUUUGUGCAGUUGGGACUCGAGGGUAAACGCGCCAGUGACAAGAUGCCAAAUAGUAUCAUCGCGACGAAAGCAGCUAGCAGCGCCGGAAAUUUAGGAGUACUCAUCCCCGUGAUUGCGAUAUUGAUGCGGCGUCUACCGCCGAUCAGACAUCCACAGAAACGACUUCUGAAACUGUUCAAGGAUUUUUGGUUGUAUUGUGUUAUAAUGGGCUUCGCCGCGGAUCUUCCGUCGAGAUUGUGGCCACCCGAAUGGUACGAAGGCGUCAAAGAAAUCGCAGUCAAGUCGCCCUACCUUAUUUCCCAGACCAGCGCUCGUCUCGAAAUGCGAGAGUUACAAUACACAUCAGCAGUACGCAAUGACAGUGUCUCAUUGAACGAGUUGCAGGAGUUGCGGAGUCAAGUAUUAAAAAUAAGCACCCGUACAAACGACAUAUCAGCGUACGUGACUAAGUUGCAGUUUGCACAAUGCACAUAUUUGUUAUCCGUUUAUUGGUCAGAGACCUUGCGGGUGGCAAACAGUCCUGAACCCAGUUUGCAACCGAUAAUGGAGUACCUAUGCGAUACUGAUUUGCAGAAGGAUAAAAGUGGUAUGUGGCAGUGUAUAUGUUGCGUGGCGGACUCUGUCUUUACCAAGUUCAAGGAUGUGAUGCAACGCAAACCGAAAGACGAGCAACGCGAGAAAGAACUUGAGAAUCAUGCGCAAUUCCUGUUGGUGCGUUUCAAUCACGUGCACAAACAAAUCAGGAGGGUGGCGGAUAAGUAUCUCAGUGCAUUAGUGGAUGCUUUUCCGCAUCUGUUAUGGAAUUGUAAAGUCCUCUGGAGUAUGUUGGAUACAUUACAGAUUUUAUCAUACUCAUUACAACUUGAUCCAAAUGAAGAAACUCCUAGUUUGAGAAUACCUAGCACACCAUACAGUAUUGAACUUAUGAAUACUCUCGAAGCAAGAGAGAUUAUUGCGAAAGAUUUUACUGCAAGAUGUAAAGGCAUAGUGCAGGAGGCUAUGAAGUGGGCACCGCAAGCUACCAGAUCACAUCUACAAGAGUAUAUUAAUCAGAUACCAUCUUCCGGCAUGCGACAUCAUUCUGGUUUAUCGCUGGCUAUUGACUCUGUCCUCGAAUUCGUGGAUACCGCAAUUCCUACAGUAGUUCCGGCAAAUACGAAUUCGUUGGACAAGAGGCCACGCGGUCCGAAGGGCACGAGUUCGUGGCUGUUAUCGAUGAUGUCUACGAGAUCCUGGCAUGCCGGCGAGGUAGCGGGUAUGCUCGCUCUCGCGCGCACCGAUUCGCCAACCGCAGAGAUGACUCUAGAAAAAUGCAGAGAUAAAGUCAUCGAUAGGUUGAUCGAAGCUGUUCGCCGCGCUUCUCAGGAGCGCGAUGAUAUCGCUCAUCGCGGGGCUCUCUGGCGUGCCACUGCUCUCUUAAUAUCCAUGCCCGGAAUACAUAGACGAUUGCUACAUACAGUCGCAUGCUCGCAGAUAGAACUGUUCACGACCGCGGCUAUGACAACGGCGGUCGAGUGCUGGCAAUGGAUCUUGACCGUACGACCCGAUCUAAAAUUGCGUUUCUUGCAAGAGAUGUUGCUCGCAUGGCAGUACACUGUUGACAAGAGGAUGGGCCUGUUCGCACCAAACGAGGAAGAAGUCAGUCCGCUCGCAGUCUACGAGGGUUGCAAGCUUGGGCCCACUCCACCACAUGUGAAAUCACACGAUAUCUGGGUGACUUUUAUUGUCGAGCUUGUCGAGACAGCAAAGUACUGUUGCCAGGAAACGGUCGACAUGAUCGCCGUACUGUUACAUCGCUCGUUACCCAUGACUGUCGGUGCGUCCGGCGAGGAGCCCGGUAUUAAUCGGCACGUUGCCGCGGUUGGCGUGCGUUUUAAGCUACUCUCGUGCGGUCUGGUACUGUUGCAAGGUGAUGUUUUACCAAGGAUUUUGAGCAAAAAUGUCCUGCGUGAACGCAUCUAUUCCAAUUGCCUGGAUUAUUUCUGUCGGGAACGUCAAUUACCGACCCAAGAGAUUGAUCAACUUAGCGAGGACAUAGUUACAUUAAUACGCUUUUGGCAGGUGAUGCAUAGCGACAAAAAGUACUUGAUGAUGACGGGGGCCGAUAACGAGUUUGAAAUAGUGACUUCUCAAACCUGUACAACCACGGUAAUCGUUCCAAGCGAGACAAUCGGUUCGUUAGCCGCCACGCUUGCUCCCACGCCGAACGACUUUUCGAAGUCGUCCAGCAAUGUGUGGAUGAACACCAUGCCGAUGUCGACCAGUAGCAAUACAUUAGGCAAGCGUAGCAAUCGCAGCAAACGAAUUGUAAACGCCAAUGUUUUCGUGAAGGAUUAUAUCAAGAAGAGAAAUUUAAUUCUCGAGUUGUUAGCGGUUGAAAUCGAGAUGUUAUUGGUCUGGCGUAAUCCUAGCGGAAGACCGGAACUCGCACUGCAAGGAGAAGGAAGUAUCGCGGACUGGCGUGCCAAAGGAAUGAACGAUCGUUGGCGCGAGUAUACGCGGCUCGCAUGGGAGAUCAGUCCCAUCCUGGCAAUAUUCCUACCAGUGCGAUUGAAGAAUCACGAAGUCAUUAUCAAGGAGAUCUGCGGUUUGGUGCGUCUUAAACCUAUACCAGUCAUGCAUGUGUCGGAAGCAUUGCAGUAUCUUGUCACAACGGACACGCUGCUCAACGAUGUACCUGAAUUAGUUUAUAUGUUAACAUGGGCAAGGGUGUCUCCGAUUCAAGCACUGGCGUACUUCUCGCGACAAUUUCCGCAUCACCCUAUCUCGGCGCAGUACGCGGUGCAAGUGUUGGACAGUUACCCCGCCGACGCUGUGCUUUUUUAUAUACCUCAGCUAGUGCAAGCCGUCCGUCACGAUGCAAUGGGCUAUGUAAUCGAAUUUAUCAAGAAAAUCGCUAAACGAUCGCAGGUAGUGGCACAUCAGCUGAUAUGGAAUAUGCACACUAAUGUGUAUAUGGACGAGGAUAAGCAGGUGAAGGAUCCCGUGCUGUAUGACAUAUUAGAUUUGUUGACGAAGAAUAUCCUGAAUUCACUGUCUGGCCCGGCAAAACAAUUUUAUGAGAGGGAGUUCGACUUUUUCGAAAAAAUUACCAAUAUUUCGGGCGAAAUCCGACCAUAUCCCAAAGGGCCAGAACGUAAAGCCGCAUGUCUAGAAGCCUUAGCGAGAGUGAAAGUACAACCCGGUUGCUAUCUACCAUCGAAUCCUGAAGCGAUGGUUAUCGAUAUAGAUUAUCAAAGCGGUACUCCUAUGCAGAGCGCUGCUAAGGCACCGUUCUUAGCACGUUUCAAAGUACAAAGAUACGGUAUCAAUGAGCUCGAGAACAUUGCGCUAGCAGUCUCAACUAACGGGAAAAUCGAGACCAAGAAAGAACCGGAAGAGCAGACAUGGCAAGCCGCUAUUUUCAAAGUUGGUGAUGAUGUCAGGCAAGACAUGCUGGCUCUGCAAGUGAUUAGCAUCUUUAAGAACAUAUUCCAGAAGGUCGGGCUGAACUUGUUCUUGUUUCCCUAUAGAGUGGUGGCCACAGCUCCCGGGUGCGGCGUGAUAGAAUGCGUGCCGCACGCAACAUCGAGGGACCAGCUCGGGCGUACGACAGAUAGCGACAUGUAUCAAUACUUCAUCACCCAACACGGGGACGAGACGACCAAAGAUUUUCAAAACGUUCGUCGCAACUUUGUCAAGUCGAUGGCGGCGUACAGCGUGAUAACCUACCUUCUGCAAAUAAAAGACCGUCACAAUGGCAAUAUCAUGAUAGACACUCAAGGCCAUAUCAUACACAUCGACUUCGGCUUCAUGUUCGAGAGCUCGCCCGGCGGUAACCUGGGCUUCGAACCCGACAUCAAACUCACCGACGAGAUGGUGCUCGUGAUGGGUGGCAAAAUGGAGGCUGCGCCGUUCCGUUGGUUCAUGGAAUUGUGCGUACAAGCUUUCCUCGCGGUCAGGCCCUACCAGGAAGCCAUCAUCUCUCUCGUCUCCCUUAUGCUUGACACAGGAUUACCCUGCUUCCGUGGACAAACAAUCAAGCUCCUACGUAGCCGAUUCGUGCCCACUGCUACCGAUAGAGAUGCGGCAAUCUUCAUGAUUAAUGUAAUACGUAACAGCUACCUCAACUUCCGUACGAAAACUUAUGAUAUGAUACAAUAUUAUCAGAAUCAAAUCCCCUAUUAAACUGUUGCUGGAGAAGAGAAGUUAUCUCUCUUCUUCCUUCUCCUGUUUCUCCUUGUAAUUCUUGUAAUCGUUAGUUGGCGAACGUUUUGCGCUCGCUACACAACUGUUGUUAUCUAGUUAGAAUCCAAGAAUUUAACAUACCAUGUUAGAUAUUGUUAGAUAUUGCAGUGUGAUAGCUAAUUAAGCGAGGCUGUACAAAUUUAUAUCGAUGUCAAUAUUAUUUUUAGUCCCGCAUGUAUUUUGUGAAAACGCGUAUUUUACUCUGUAUGUAAUAAUGUAUUAUAUUUAUCUACGAGAUAUUGUGCCGAUACAUAUAUAUAUAUAUAUAUACAUGUCUGUUUUUCGCAGCAUAUCUAUGUAUACGAGAACAUUCCUGUUUAUUAUUAAUUUAUGCAAUGAUGAUUAUGCAAAAUGAUUAAAAAUUAAAUUAAAUCCUGACUUAUAUAAAAUAUA